AUGGCUAAGGACAUCAAACAGCUAGCCCGGGAGUGGCUGGAGCUCGACCAAGACAAAACCACGACAGAUGAGAUAUAUGAGCUGCUUAUGCACGGGAAUACAGAAGAGCUAGAGAGAAGACUGCGGACUCGGAUCGCCUUUGGGACCGCCGGUCUGCGAGGCCCCAUGCAGGCUGGGUUCGCCUCCUAUCUCCUCAAGACAGAGCAGAAUGUCAAGAAGCGUGGAGUUGUAAUCGGUCGGGAUGCUCGCCACAACUCUGAGAAAUUCGCCAAACUCACCGCAGCCGCUUUUGUCGCCAAAGGUAUAAAGGUCUGGUGGUACGAAACACCUUCUCACACGCCUUUGGUUCCGUUUGGUGUACGAGAAUUGAACGCUGUUGCUGGAAUCAUGGUAACGGCGAGCCACAAUCCCGCCAAAGACAAUGGUUACAAGGUGUACUGGUCAAAUGGCUGCCAAAUCAUCCCUCCACAUGACAGUGGCAUUGCUGCUUCUAUACUGGAAAACCUAAAGCCCGUCACGUGGGACACAUCUGUUGUGGACAAUCCUGACCUACUCGUUGAGGGCUCCCUAGAUUUGGUCAAGGACAAGUACCACAAAGCAAUCCUAUGCGCCGCCCAGCCUGACGGUUCUCACAUCAAAAUGAGCCCCGACCUGAGGUUCGUGUAUACCCCUAUGCACGGCGUGGGUCUACCAGCGAUGACUCAAUGCGCCGAGACCCUGGGAAUAGCCUCGCAGAUGACUGUUGUGGAGGCUCAAGCUCAACCCGAUCCUGACUUCCCGACCGUCAAAUUCCCGAAUCCAGAAGAAAAGGGAGCCCUCGACUUGGCUAUUCAGACGGCAGAUCAAUCUUCGAUCAGCUUGAUAUUGGCUAGCGAUCCGGAUGCGGACCGGCUCGCGGUAGCGGAGAAGGUACACGACAAAUGGCACAUCUUCACAGGUAACCAAUUGGGUGUGCUCCUUGGAUCUUACCUUUACGAACGUUACCCGUCUUCAAAGCCCCGAGAAAAGCUCGCCAUGUUAGCAUCCACUGUUAGCUCUAGGAUGCUCGCGGCUUUGGCAAACAAAGAAGGAUUCAAGUUCACCGAGACCUUGACGGGCUUCAAGUGGUUGGGUAACGUUGCAAGAGAUCUAGAUAGCGAAGGCUACGAUGUGGUGUACGCGUUCGAAGAAGCCUUGGGCUACAUGAUUCCUCAGACUGUGCACGACAAAGACUCGAUCAGCGCAGCAGCAGUCUUUCUCACGGCUGCGUCGCAAUGGUCUACGCAAGGCCUGACGCCAUAUGCCAAGCUUCAGAGCCUCUACGAGCAUCUGGGGUACUUUGAAGACGCGAACACGUACCUCGUGUCACCAUCCUCAUCCGUGACAACAUCGGUUUUCACGGCGAUCCGCGCAUUGGGCAACCCGCAUCCCACCACCAUCGGACCCCGCAAGAUCAUGCGCUGGCGCGAUCUGACCCUUGGCUAUGACUCAAAGAGCAAGGACCACAAACCAGAUCUGCCGGUAGACGUGACGAGCCAAAUGAUCACUUGCGAGCUAGAUGAUGGAGCCGUUUUCACAGUCAGAGGGAGCGGGACGGAACCGAAGAUCAAGCUUUAUAUCGAGUGCCAGGGCAAGAGUAGUGCGGAGGCAAAAGAAGGUGCGAAUGGAAUCCUGGAGGAUUUGCUCAAGGAGUGGUUCAGGCCUGAAGUGAAUGGCUUGCAACUUGCUUGA